UCUCAUUAUGACAUAAUUCUGCAAAACGUUCGACUAUGUUCUCCGAGUUACGAAUACUUCGCGACAUACUACUUUUAUGCUUUCUAUCAGUUGGAAUAAAUGCGAAAUCUUCGCAUAUAGAAGAUUUAGACUUCACGGAUCACACAAAUGGAAGUCCAAAGAUAAGUCGGUCGUCAUAUUUCAAACAGGAUUUUCGACUUGGCUAUAAACUGAAAUUAUUCUGUGAAUCAAGUGGAAAUCCACGUCCUCAGAUUGUUUGGUAUCAUCGCGGAGUCGAAGUUAACCCGGAUCAUAAUAGAACAAUUCGGUUCUCAAUUCAUGGAGACACCGUCUCAUCACAUCUGGAAGUUGAUCCAACUUCCAUUGGUGACAAAGGAGAAUAUGAAUGUGUUGCAACGAAUUUGAAAGGGAGUCGUGUUAAAAAGUUUCUCACCGAUUAUCAAUAUUAACUGAAAACAUUGAAAUAGUUUCAUAUUUAUGUAAAUAAAUGAUUUCUGAAU